AUGGAUUCCACCGCGAACGCCUCCUGGCAUCCGGCUUUCAUGCCCAAUGAUGCUAGUGGCCAUGCAACUACAGAAACUCAGGUUUCCUCGAGCGCAGAAACCCACGAUUCACCAUCGGCGACUCCUCUUCACAGCCAGCUUGCUGAAAAUGUCCAGCCUACACCCCUACCGCAAGCGACACAGCUGGAAAGCAAGCCAGAGAAACAAAGCAGCCCUUGGCUCGCCGAGGACGAUAGCCAAGACGCUUCGGAUGAUUGGCCUGUCUUCGAGAGACCAGUGUCAGAUGCCCCGGCCGAGAGCGACGACGGCCCCAAUGAUGCUUUAACUUCGACCACAGCUGCCGAACCAGAACCGAACUCGUUUCCCUCUACCGAACCAGUCAACGACAUUGCUCCGCAGCCGCAAGCUGUUGCCGACGAAGCCAAGCCAUCCGCACCCAUUUUGGGCCAUACCAGUACCAACUCCUUCACUCGAACUGUCUCCCACGAGGUCAACUGGGACGACGACCAUGAUACGGAAUGGACUCUGUCCCGAACCGACACUGAUCCUUUCAAGUUCAUGCCACCGAACGAAAGAACAAACUCAUUCCCGCCUGUUCCGCCUGCCAGCGGAGUAUCGGCAGCCGUCCCUGGCACGGAACAGCCUCUUCCGUCAAACCAAGCUAAGGACUUGAUACAUGAAAUCGAGAGUGCGCCUGAACAUUUCGACAAUGGUAGUGCUUUCCAAGAGACGAGCCACGUCGCAAAUGACUUCGAAAACGGCUUCGACGAUGAGGAACCGCAGGAUGACCAGCACUAUGUCGGCCGUGAUGCUACCUUUACUGAGCAGGAGGACCUCGGUUCGCGCUAUGAGGAAGGAGUUCCUCUCAUUCCCCACUCCGAGUCCAAUGGAGAAGUUUCGCAGCCUGAACAGAAACUUGCCGGCUUCGGAGACGAAGUGGCAGGUGAGGAUGAUUUCUUCAGCCAAAUCCAGAACUCCAACAAUGACGACUUCCCCGACUUUAGCGGAAACCACCCAUUGGAGCGGAAAUCCACAAUGCAAGUCAUGGGCGACAUAAACACAAAUACACUGUCGAGAGCUGAUACGCUGGGCGAAAUGCUUGAAGAGGAUGAAGAUGUUGAUGAGCCCACCAAAUCGACGGAGGAGCCUGCAGAGCCUAUCCAGUCCGAAGAUUCUGGAGCAAAGCCAGCUGACGAUCUUGCUGCUAAAUGGGAACAAGCUUUCGCGGAUGAUGAUGGAGAAGACUUUCUUCUGGACGAGUCACUCGACGAGGCCGGCGAAUCUAAGCCAGUCGAUCCAUCGGCAUUCUUUGGUAGCGAUGACGAGGGCUUCCUCGACGACGACGAUGACGACCUGCCUGCCACUGCGGCCCCGGCGCCGGUCGUUCAAUCCGCUAGACAACAGAACCGAUAUACUCCUACCGUUGCCUCUCACCAAGCAUCUUCCUCCCCUUACGCGCCGACUGCGCCGGCAGUGCCGUCGCCCUACCAGCCUCAGAAUGCGGCCACUCCAUUUGCUCCAGCGGUGGCCCCUUACGCUGUCCAGCGCACUCAGUCAGCCACUCCUUAUAGCGCGCAGCAAACGCGUCCUGAGCCUGCGAAAGCCCAGAGUUUUGCAGCGCAAUCCAAAGGCGGGUAUACGUCUCCUUACGAUCUUCCCAUGGAAGUCGUUGUUCCGAAAAAGAGGGCUAGCACCAACCAACUGCCGCAAAGCCCUUCAACGGGGCCAUCGUCGGGGCCUCCUCCGCGUAGCUCUAGCAUGCAAGCUCCCACACCACCGCCGCCACCAAGAGCUGCUACCUCGAGCGCCUCGCCCCCUACAUCAAGUCACUCUGGGCAGCCUCCGCCGGCAGGAAAGCCCGUACCUAUGCUUCGGAAUAAGGACAGUUUCUUUGAGGAGCUGCCCAUGGCUUCGAAACCACGAUCGGCCUCUCGACAGAGCUACCGAGUAGGCUCUCCUGCUUUGGCUGGACCGCCUGAACCUCUUCAGCCUCAAAACCAGGCUCAGCUUGCUCCGUCACCAUUGUCACCGCCCAUGCUGUCGCCUCCUGGCAUGAAUCGUUCGCUUUCGGGUGGAAUUCCACACUUGGUGCCUGGUGAGCGUACGAAUCCCUAUGCGCCUCAGUCGACGCAACAACAGGUCCCUGGGAUUCCAGGCAAUGCCAGGUACUCUCCUGCCCCUCCGUCGGCACCGAAUACCAAUGGGACGAACCGCCCGCCGUCCGCAAGCAGAUAUUCACCAGCGCCUACAGCCGCAAGGCCUCCCGUACCCGCUUUCCACGCGGCUACCACACCUCCCACUGUUCUGCCGCACUUGCCUAGAACGUCUAGUCCGUUGGCUCAUUUUGAGGUCUCGCAUGAGGCGGCUGCGACUAAUGGGGAUCACUAUCAACCUGACCGUAGGUCUAGCUACAGCCUUGAGCCAAGGAGAGUUCCAUCACUGCCUACGACUCGCGAGGUUGAGGAGGAGGACGAUUCGAAGACUUCGUAUGGAGCCCAGCCUGCAAACGGUGUGCCUGCUGAGUCCCGCUACAGCCCGGCGCCGCCAAUGGUCGCGCGGCAGACACCGCCGCCAUCAUCACAUGGCCCCCCUUUGCACUCGACUUUGUCACCUUCCAAGAGGUCCACGUCUAACUACCUGCCACAAGCCGCCCUUCAUGAUUCACCCCCCGACAACAGAUAUGCUCCGCCACCGAGGUCCCAGACCCAGUCGCCAGGAUCCUCCCAAGGAGCACACCCGCCGUCCCAGCCCGUGCCUCGGCCGACUUCGGUCCAUAGCCCAACAUCCCCUCGAGCAACUAGGAGUUUCCAACCUGGCAAUGCCCCUGUCUCUCGGCCCCGGGGUCCCUCACAAACCUUCAACUGGGUUGCGCCAACUGACGGUCGCGAAAAUGAUUCUCUGCAAAGAUGGAAAGGCGCGCCAAUCAUCUCAUGGGGUGUUGGCGGAACUAUGGUAACUUCUUUCCCCAAGAAUGUGCCGCGCUAUGGUAUGGGGCAAACCGCCCCCAUGAUCAUUCGCAGCCCAGGAGAGGUAUACGUUAAGCAUAUCAAGGACACUCAGCCGCUCGAAGAGAGGCUGGCAAAGUUCCCUGGGCCGCUGCGUGGAAAGUCAAAGAAGAAGGAAACAAUCGCUUGGUUGAGCUCAGGCAUAGACACACUGGAAAAGGAACUACCUGAAGUUUCUUUCCAACCUCAGCUUUCUCACGAGCAUAAGCGUGCGAUUGAGCGACUGCUGCUCUGGAAGAUCUUGAGGGUUUUCGUCGAGCAUGACGGCGUCUUGGAAGGCACCACCGCCGUGGACAAGGCCGUGCGAGAUGUCUUGGCCCCCGGCGUCGAUGCCAACGCCAACGAGGGUACGCUUGGCUAUGGUGCUGGUCUAGGCGCCGACGCUCUCCAAGAAUCAUCUUCAACUCAGAUGAAAGCAGAAGUGGUGGACUCAUCUACCAUGGAUCAAAUCCGGAAGCAUCUCCUGGUUGGCGAUCGCGAAAAAGCGGUAUGGGAAGCAGCUGACAAGAGGCUUUGGGGCCAUGCCAUGUUGAUCUCCAACACCGUAUCCCCAGAUCUUUACAAGCAAGUGGCCCAGGAAUUCGUUAGAAAAGAGGUCAACUACCCCGGACACGCCAACGAGUCUAUCGCUGCUCUUUACAAAGUUCUCUCGGGUAACUUUGACGAUUGUGUUGACGAGCUAGUUCCAGCCCACGCUCGGGCUGGAUUCCAGCUUGUCAAUACAACCUCGGCCAGUGGUUCGAGCAAGGAUGCCACCGAAGGACUCGACAAGUGGCGGGAGACUUUGGGAUUAGUCCUGAGCAACCGCAGUACUGAUGACAUUCGUGCCUUGAAUGCACUCGGCAACUUGUUAUCUUCCUAUGGACGGGCUGAAGCUGCACAUAUCUGCUUCUUGUUCGCUAGAAAGGCUACAGUCUUUGGAGGCCUUGACGACCCUGCCUCGAACUUUGUCCUCGUUGGUGCUGAUCACAAGACUCAAGGAGAGCAAUUUGCUAAGGAGACGGAGGCUCUACUAUUAAGUGAGGUCUACGAGUACGGCCUGUCACUCGCGGGAGGCCCUACCUUGACUGUCGGUGUGCCACAUUUGGCUGCGUACAAGCUCCAGCACGCAAUGACUCUGGCUGAAUAUGGGCUUCGGGACAAGGCCUUGCAAUACUGCGAGGCAAUCGCCAGCUCCAUCAACGCCCAAACCAAGAGGUCGAACUAUCACCACCCGAUUCUGGAGACUGCUGUAGAGAACUUGCGAACGAGGCUCAGGCAGGCUCCCAAGGAAGAAUCCUUGUCCUGGAUUUCCAAGCCUAGCAUGAACAAGGUUUCGGAUACAGUUUGGAGCCGAUUUAACAAGUUUGUUGCUGGCGACGAGAACGACAGUUCUGCGGCCGGCGCAUCUGGCGAGGGCGGUGCUGAAUCUGGACCAUUCGCUCGGCUGGCAGGAGGCACUCCCACCAUCAGUAGAUCACCUUCUGUGACAAACUUCGAGCCUAUGUACGGAACCGGUGCGACCAGCCUCCCAGUCGGGUCACCCCCUGCGGCGGUUCCCAUCCCUGCUACGAGAGCCGCCUCUCGAUAUGCGCCAGGCCCGUCCCAAACACCUCUGUCAAGCUCCUACGAACCUGGCGCUGGUUACGCACCCGGCCCGGCUUCAGUCGGCCGCUCAUCCAACGAAUAUUCCCGCAGUCCCUAUGAGCCACGAACGUCGAUGGACUCCCAACCUGGGUAUACCAAUGGCGGCUACAUGCCUCAGAAUGCGACAGCGCCAUCUCAAGGUUACACUCCACCUAUGUAUGGCGGUGGGCAAGACACAGCUGCAUCCGCCCAGGUGUUAUCAGGAGCCGUUCAAAACUCUCCUAUGCAGUCGCCGACCAAGCCUGCGUACCAAGGAUACGAGCCGUAUGGCAGCCAAGGACCCCCCGUCCCGUCUGUGGAGGUUCAGAACCAAGAGGCGGCCGAAAAUAGCCAGCAGCCGGACAACAACCUGGCCAACCCAGGCUACCAGCCGCCAUCUUACGGAUACGAGCCUCCGUCAAUGUCAAACGACGAGCCUCAAUCACAAUCUGCAGAGCCCACCGAGGGCGAUGGAUACGAACCGCCUACGUUCCAGCCGUACGGCUACGAGCCCCCUUCGUACAAUCCCGAGCCCGAACAGGAUGAUGAGGGAGAGUCAAGGCCGAAGCCCAAGAGUUUCAUGGAUGAUGACGACGACGAUGAUAUCCCCGCUCUCAAGGCACUUAAGCCCCAGGAGAAGGGGAAGUCUGAGAAGGACAAGGAGAACGAAGAAAUGUUCAAGAAGGCGGCAGAAGAAGACGCCAAGCGAGCGGCAGCACAGCAACAGUCCAAGAAGGGAUGGGGCUUCGGCAGCUGGUUCGGAGGCAAGAAGGAAGCUAGCCCGGAUCCUCAGCAGCAGGGCAACAAGCCCGUCAAGGCCAAUCUUGGUGAAUCCAGCAGCUUCGUGUACGACCCUGACCUGAAGCGCUGGGUGAACAAGAAGGGAGGGGCCGAAGCGACACAGGCAAAGACGGCAACACCACCGCCGCCAAAGGGCGCUCCAAGAUCCAACACGGGAACGCCACCUCCGCCACGCACAAUGACACCUCCAAUGGGCCGCGCAAGUGCCCCUCCUGGAGGGCCGCCUGGUCCGGCACUCGCUCACGCUGCGUCCAACGAAAGUCUGGGCGUGCCACCGGGACCACGACCGCCGAGCAUGAUGCGUUCAGUGUCGAACAACAGCGUUGGAGGACCUCCCAGCGCUCCUCCCAGCCGACCGGCAACAAGUAUGAGCAAUGCCAGUAGCAUCGACGACUUGAUCAGCGCGGCUGGUCCCCGAAAGCCGGGUGCGAAGAAGGCGAAGAAGGGCGGGCGGUACGUGGACGUUAUGGCCAAGUAA